CUCGAGGGCAGAAGGUGAGUGCAGAAGGCAGCAUACAACAGACCGUUCAGGUGGACCAAGACCUAUGCACGGCAACAAUGAGUCUCAUGAUCUGUUUGCGCAGGCCUUGUGUGUAGCGUGAUUCAUUCGUCGCUCAUUCAUCCGAUCCGCAAGCAUGUCGGGCGUCAUCAAAGUGCUCGAGGGUCAGUGUCGAUCACCACCCGAACAGACAGGCACACGCUUGACUGAUCUCUUGUCAUGAUGUAUGUCAUAUGUGUGCCGUGCCGUGUGUGUGCAGGUUUUGAGAAGGUGGUGUUCAACGGCAUCACGGGCUACAUGUGCGGGGCUAAGGCGAGCCCUGGCGUCAUAGUGCUGCAGGAGUGGUGGGGCGUCACAGAUGAGAUACAGGUUCGCUUGGCCACGGGCGGUGUGGCAAAUGAGUGAGCGGACAGAGAGGUGGGGUGACUCAUUCCGUGCUGUUGGUGUUGGUGUUGGUGUGUUGUUGCAGAGGCAGGCGGAGCACAUUGCCAAGCAGGGCUACAGCUGCCUCGUUCCCGACCUGUAAGACAGACUAUCAGACAAACGGACAACACAUCCAUCGGCUCUUCAUGGCUCAGCCGCACCGCAUCUGUGAAUGUCUGUCUGUUGGUUGGGUCACGUGAUUGUGUCAUUCAUCCAUGUGUGUCAGGUACAAGGGGAAGCUGGGUGUGGAUGCCGAGGAGGCGCAGCACCUCAUGAGCAACCUGGACUUCCCCCAGGCCGUGUCGGAGAUCAAGGCCUCCGUCGACUAUAUCAAACAAGAAGGAUCAAAAAAGGUUCACACCACACCCAUCCCAUGCGAUCCAUCCAAACCACACAUACGGUGGUGACUGACAGCGGCGUGUCUGUAUGUGUGUAUCUCUGUCUGUCUGUCUGUGUGUGUGUGCAGGUCGGUGUGACAGGCUUCUGUAUGGGUGGGGCGUUGACGAUUGCCACAGCGGUGAAACACUCCAGCGACAUCAGCUGCGGUAGGUAGGCACACAAGCCUCACCCCAGCCACAAGCACCAACCCCAUGAGCUCCAUCUGUGUGUGUGUUUGUGUGCAGCGGUCCCCUUCUACGGUAUCCCUGACGCCAAAUUCUUCGACCCAUCGCAGGCACACACCACACACACACACACACAGAGCCACGUGUCCUCGCUCGGUCGGCGUCGAGGAUGGAUCGAGAUCAACGCGUGUUUGGUCCACUCGAUGUGACAGAUCACUUGUCCCGUGCAAGCGCAUUUCGGCGAGGAUGACAAGCUGGUGGGCUUCUCUGACCCCACGGCGGUCGAGGCCUUCAAGGCUGCCAUGGGCAAGGGUCAGUGCGCCGACUUCCAGCUGCACACGUGAGCUCACACACACAACACAUGCUUGCUCCCUCCCAUUGAGUGAUUGUGUCAUGGUGCGUGGCCUGCUGCCGUCGUCUCGUUCUCUGUUUCUCUGACUGACAGGUACAAGGGCGUCGGCCACGCCUUUAUGAACGGUGGGCGCGAGAGACUCAGACAUGGUGGUUGACCGAAUCGAUAGUCCCUGGCGUGGCCGGCGUGUAUGUGAGUGUGUGUGUGUGCGUGUGUAUGUGUUGAAGGUAUGGUGCCGGAAUGGCAGGAGAAGAAGACGAAGCUCGGCUUCGGAGGUCAGUCAGCCGAUCACACCUGCACAUCAAUCAAUCAGCCGAUUGACCGACCCGAGGCCUUUGUUGCUGUUUGUCUUGCUCUCCUUGUCGACCUUCUCAGAGCAUCGGCAGGAGGUGGUCGACCUGGCCUUCACGCGCACAUUCGAGUGGUUCCAGAAAUAUCUCAAGUGAACCAACGAACGUCGUAGCUAAUGAGCAAUCGCAUUCGCAGUCGCCCUCUGCUUGCUUAGCU